AUGCCAGAGCUGGACAAGCACUGGUCUUCCUCGGCCGGAGUCAAGAAUACGGAGACGGUCAAAAGUCUCAACCCCAUGCCAGCCGGGGGAUUCGCUAGCUACACUGCCGAUACGAACGGCUGCCUCGAGUGGUAUGUCCACGCGAUCGAGGCCCAUCCCUCUCAGGUGCCCUACCGCGACUUGAUCCCUCGGAUCCGUGAGUUCGUUGCGCAACUACGGCGUCAGGAUAACCAGACAGAGCUCAACCGUGUCGCAUAUAUCAUGGCACACAAAGACCUGCAUUUUGCUCACACCAUUGGUCCCUGGCCCGAAGUGGAACCCCCCGCGAGCAUUUCCAUGGAACAUGAAGUGGUGCUGACCCGCAUGGAGCGAUUGUUCGAGCAAACCUGCCACGAAAAGGGCCCAGAGAAUAUUUUGGAGCGGACUCGGCUGAAUGCAAAGCGGGACAUGAUGCAGACGGCAGUCAAUCACAUUCAAGCUAUCGUCAAGGUCUCACAGGGUCGCGUGGCCCACUGGCGCGCGGUGGCGGAAGCUACCCUGGAAGGAUUUCAGGCAUGA